AUGAUGAAGACGUUUGGAUGGACAUCUGUACUCCACUUUCUCGAUUUCCCCGAUACGGUCUCCCGGUCUCACCGUUUCCCUUUCUUCUUGCAUACUUCUCCAAAUAUUCCACACUCUCUUCGACUUCUUCUUUCUCUCUCAAAACAACCCUUAAGGUCACCGCCACUACCACACAUACAGACCACCGCCAUAAUCAUCGGCCAUUAUCACCCGCACCACCACACCACACUAUUUGUGUUGAAGAAGGACGACUUUAGCGAUGGAAUCGGAUGUAACUUAAACGGGACCAACAUCAACCUCAUUCAUCUGCCUGGUUUCAGUAAUGGCUUGGAAUAG